AUGCGUGUCGCCGCCAUCCUCCUCGCUGCAACUGACUGCCUCACGUGCUGGUACUCCACCCUCGGCAUCGGCUCCGACGCGACCAACAACGCCAUCGCGGCCAUUGCGGCCGGGUGCAACUCGAUCAACAUGCCCAUCAGCGGUGGCGGGACGAUGACUGGCGGCAUGGGCAUGAGUGCUGGCACCACCAUGUCUGGCACCUCGGCCGCUGGCGCGGCCAACACCGCGAGCACGAGCAAGGCUGCGGCUACCAGUGUUGCGCCCAAGUCUGCUUCCUCCGUCGCCCUCCAUGCCCGGCAGGACGGCAGCGGCACCUCGUCCGCCGUGUCGGCCACGGACGCGAGCAGCUCGGACACGCCAAGCAUCACCGGCAGUGCCUCGGACGUGUCGAUCGUCACGAGUAGCAGCUCGGACUCAAGCGUGGUCAGCACCGCCCUCCAGUCCGACCCCGCUUCGUCCACCCCCACUACCAGUCCUGCCUCCCCUCCGCCGAAGGUCACCGUCACCUUGACGGCGAUCGACACGCAGCUCAUCCUCGCGCCGUCGACGUCGUCAGUGCCCAGCACCAUGCCCUCAUCAAUGGCGGGGAUGGGGAUGAACAUGGGCUCCAUGACCCCCUUUGCGUCUGCGUCCUCGAGCCCAUCGGGCCCAAUGAGCAUGGCAGGCCACUCUCACUCGGCUUUUCCGUCCACCUCGCCCUCGAAGGCCAGCGGCGCCCGCACGCUCGUGGUCCCCGGCGCGGUGGUUGCCGCUGCAGUCAUUGCUGCCGCCGUGUUCUAG